GACCCGCCGCCGCCGGUCAUGUGGGCCGGACUGCUCCUCCGGGCCGCCUGCGUCGCGCUCCUGCUGCCGGGCAUCCCGGCCCGCGGCUAUACCGGGAGGAAGACGCCGGGGCACUUCGGGGCCGAGAGACGCCGGCUGGGCCCCCACGUCUGCCUCUCGGGGUUCGGGAGUGGCUGCUGCCCUGGCUGGGCGCCCUCCAUGGGCAGUGGGCACUGCACCCUUCCCCUCUGCUCCUUUGGCUGUGGGAGUGGCAUCUGCAUCGCUCCCAAUGUCUGCUCCUGCCAGGACGGAGAGCAAGGGCCCACCUGCCCAGAAGCCCACGGAGCCUGCGGGGAAUACGGCUGUGACCUCACCUGUAACCAUGGUGGCUGUCAGGAGGUGGCCCGAGUGUGCCCCGUGGGCUUCUCCAUGACCGAGACAGCGGUUGGCAUCAGGUGUACCGACAUCGAUGAAUGUUUAAGCUCCUCUUGCGAGGGCCACUGCGUGAACACGGAAGGCGGGUUCGUGUGCGAGUGUGGGCCGGGCAUGCAGCUGUCUGCGGACCGCCACAGCUGCCAAGACACCGAUGAAUGCCUUGGGAGCCCCUGCCAGCAGAGAUGUAAAAACAGCAUUGGCAGCUACAGGUGCUCCUGUAGAACUGGCUUCCAUCUCCAUGGCAACAGGCACUCCUGUGUAGAUGUAAACGAGUGUCGGAGGCCCCUGGAGAGGAGAGUCUGCCACCAUUCCUGCCACAACACCGUGGGCAGCUUCCUGUGUACCUGCCGACCUGGCUUCAGGCUCCGGGCUGACCGAGUGUCCUGCGAAGCUUUCCCCAAAGCCGUGCUGGCCCCAUCUGCCAUCCUGCAGCCUCUGCAGCACCCUCCUAAGAUGCUGCUGCUGCUUCCAGAGGCAGGCCGGCCCGCCCUCUCCCCCGGGCACAGCCCUCCUUCCGGGGCUCCGGGGCCCCCGACUGGAGUCAGGAGCACACGACCACCACCUCCCACACCUGCACUGCCCACAUCCUCCCCUUCUGCCCCGACGCCGCUGCUGUCCACCCCGGUGGCCACCCCCGUGCCGCAUCCCUCUCUGCUGGGAACCCUCAGACCUCCCGCACAACUCCAGGAGAAGACGGCGGUGACCCCUCCCUUACCCAGGGGCCCUGAGACCACACGGCUGGCACCAGGACCUUCUGCCUGUUGGCACCUAGGGGCCACAUAUGAGUCAGGGAGCCGCUGGACAGAGCCUAGCUGUUCCCAGUGCUGGUGUGAGGAUGGGGAGGUGACCUGUGAAAAGGUGACGUGUGAAGCUGCUUGCUCCCACCCGAUUCCCUCCAGAGAUGGAGGGUGCUGCCCAUCGUGUACAGGUUGUUUUCACAGUGGCGUCGUCCGGGCUGAAGGGGACGUUUUUUCACCUCCCAACCAGAACUGCACCAUCUGUGUCUGUCUGGCUGGAAACGUGUCCUGCAUCUCCCCCGAGUGUCCCCCCGACCCCUGCCAGGCCUCCCCGAAGUCGGACUGCUGUACUUGUGUCCCAGUGAGGUGCUACUUCCACGGCCGGUGGUACGCAGACGGGGCUGUGUUCAGUGGGGGUGGUGAUGAGUGUACCACCUGUGUCUGCCAGAAUGGGGAGGUGGAAUGUUCCUUCACUCCAUGUCCGGAACUGGACUGCCCCCGCGAGGAGUGGUGGCUGGGCCCCGGGCAGUGCUGCUAUGCUUGCAGGGAACCCGUGCCCAUGACAGGCUGCUCUCUCGAUGACAACGGGGUUGAGUUUCCGGUUGGACAGAUCUGGUCUCCCGGUGAUCCUUGUGAGUUAUGCAUCUGCCAGGCAGAUGGCUCAGUGAGCUGCAAGAGGACAGACUGUGUGGACUCCUGCCCUCACCCGAUUCGAAUCCCCGGACAGUGCUGCCCAGACUGUUCGGCAGGCUGCACCUACACAGGCAGAAUCUUCUACAACAACCAGACCUUCCCCUCUGUGCUGGACCCGUGUCUGAGCUGCAUCUGCCUGCUGGGCUCCGUGGCCUGCUCGCCAGUGGACUGCCCCAUCACCUGCUCCUACCCUUUCCACCCUGAUGGCGAGUGCUGUCCCGUGUGCCAAGACUGCAACUACGAGGGGAGGAAGGUGGGGAACGGCCAGGUGUUCACCUUGGACGAUGAGCCCUGUACCCAGUGCGUAUGCCAGCUGGGAGAGGUUACCUGCGAGAAGGUGUCCUGCCAGCAGGCCUGCUGGGACCGCACCAUGCCCCGCAGGGACUGCUGCGCCUCCUGUCCAGAGUCCCUGGAGGAGAGCCGGGCACUCUCCCCUCGUGGAGACGUGGAGCUCAGCAAAGCAGCCCGGAGCCCCCGUGGAGACCCCGAGGCCCCCGUCAACUGCAGCUCCUGCCCAGGGCCCCCAGCGGUGCCCCCUCAGAAGCCAGCGCUCCAGCUCCUCCAGCUCCUCCUGAGAACGAACCUGUCUAACACCCAGACUUUACCUGUGAGCCCCUCGGGAGCCCAGGCCUCACCCUCACCGUCUUCGAGGCCAGGGGUGUCCGGGGCCUCCCAGCCUCCUCAGCCCUCAUUGGGGCCUCCCAUCCCUCCAGGAGCCUCCUCUCUACCUCCAGCCUCUCCCAGGGCUCCCGGAUCAUCUCCUUUGACUCCAGCGCUCCCGUCCUCCGCCUCCGGGGCCCACUCAGUGUCCAGACGGCCUUCUCUGCCUGCCGCCGUCCCGCGUGGAGCCUCAUCCCUUUCCACGAUGGGCCCCGGCGCCUCAGAGACCCCCGUCACUGUCCUCAGGCCUCGCAGGUCCUCUCCAGCCAUCUCCAGACUCUCUGCAGCCCUCGCGGCCACGGCCAGCCCCGGCCCCCGGCAGCCCACCCUGGGGACCUCACAGGAGGAGGAGUCCACGGUGUAAGCAGGCCUCCGCUUCAGGGUCAUGCCUGGGACACGUGGGACAGAGAAGACUCUGCCGGCGGCCCUGGGAGCUUGCAGGGCCGCUCUGGGGACCAACGAGGCUGCUGAUCCUGCAGGACUCCUGGUAGCGCUGGAAAAUGCUCAGGGCCUGAUGUAGCCGUGCUCCCAGGAAGCAUUUGGGAUGUACUGUGGAAUCCAGCAACAUGUUCUCCAUGGCCAGCCUCCUGCCUGGACCGUGGCCUG